CAAAAACAAUCGUCCGGGCGCCGCCAUCUUGGGUCCGUUCUCCACGCCACACAAGUGAAUGGGUAGAUAUGAAAUUACCACAGGGGAGCAGCAACGGCAGCAGGGUACGGAGGGCUGUUCCGAGCUGCCAGCUGGACUCGGGAGACUCUAGAGACGGCUCCUGCCGCCGCCCAGAGAAAAUCUCCGGGCUCGGCCUUUUCUCCUCGCCAACCCCUAAGCUGCACUCCUGGAGGGACAAAGUUGGUUUCAGCCGCGCUGCCUCCGCCGCCCGGGAGACGAGAGAGUUGCGUUCAGCAGCGGCUUCCUCGGAGCCGGGAGUGAGCCGGGGUCAGAGUUAGGGGAGAGGGUGCCGAGGGGAUUCUUCCCCCCUCCACCCUCCGGCCAGGGCUCGCCUGGUGUGCUGUGUGGGAGGCACGAGGAAAAGACAGCGGGAGUCCGGCAGCCUUUUCCUUUCCACCCCUGCUAUUUCUUAUUCCUUUCUCCUAAAAGGAAAAAAAAAAAAGGCAAGAACUGAAUUGAGGGGGGUGUGUGUGGCGGGAGGGGGGGGGGGCUGUCUCGGGUCUCCGUGUGAGCGGCAGCGGGGCGGGCGGAGGUGCGGCGAGAAAGAAAUGUGUCCGUGAGGAGUUGGAGUGUGCAUCAGGCAGAGGAGCCACACGCCUGCUGCGCGGGAGGAAGAGACCUGCCGCCCCUCAAACAGCUCGGAGGGAGCCGCUGCAUCCUCCCCGGUGCCCGCAGCCUCGCUCGCCUCCUCGCUCCCAAAGAAGCUGAAUUCUCCUAGAAGCACGGCAAUCAAGGAAAGAAGGAUUUGCCACAAAGAAUAUAUCACCCUCCUCCCCAGCGGCUGGAUACUGCAUUUUUUUAAAAUUUUUUUUCCAGUCACUCUUCUGUGUUUAAAUACCAAAUAUAGCCUCUUGGGGGGGAGGGGAUGGAAAUCUCUUAGAAGAAUUCGAAAUCUUGCUCGGAUUCCGGACUGCUGGUAUUGCACGGCCCGGAAGAAGGACCGCGGAGAAGGGGAGAUGUGCGGCUCUCGCUGACUAGAGAUUUGCCACUUUUCGGGAAGCCCGAAGGUUGGUUUGUUAUCAGACUGUUGGGUUUUUUCCCCUUUUCCUUUUCUGGGUGACGCUAAAUCCCUCAGCAUUAUUAAAGAAAACCGAAGUGUUGCCCACGCGUAGCUGCUGGCUUUUCUUUUUCACGGUAGUUUUCAUCAAGAAACGGACAAAACUUCCUCCCUUCACCCGGAGGCUUUUGAGGUUUGAAACUGAAAUGGAGUUACUUUUCUCCCAAACACUACGUGUUGUAUAAGGGGAGCCAGGACGAAAAACAUCGUGUUUACUGAUUUCGAGAGGACUCCUCGACACUCGGCACCCACGAGGGAUGAUGCUUCACGGAGCUUGAUGUGGAAAAGCAGAGUCGGAGUGUGCUCAGAGACUUCCUCGUGUCCGGCGGCUUAAUUGUUGACUUUUUUUUUAGAAGUGGAUUCGUAGCAUACUUUUAUGAAUUGAAUUUUGCCACCGUUUGUACAGAAGCCAAAUGACACGUGUGUUUUGAAACACGGUUCCAAAUAUAUCCAUCCCUCAACCCGGAUUCUCACUAGAAAGAGCCGGAGGGAGAUUGUCAGUGUCUAAAGAAAUUUGAUUUUACUGUUUUAUGAACACUUAUCUGCUGCAGAAAUGUUGCUAUAGAUUGCUUUAUAACGGUUCAGCAAGAAGGGAGAUUUUCUAGCUUGCAGGACCUAAGAAACUGGAUACUUAAAGUCACUUAAAUGUUUUAACAGCAUUGGAAAAUGGGAGCUGCUACUAAGUUGGCGUUCGCUGUUUUUCUUAUCUCUUGUUCUUCAGGUGCCAUACUUGGCAGAUCAGAAACACAAGAGUGUAUCUACUACAACGCUAAUUGGGAAAAAGAUAAAACAAAUCGCAGUGGUAUUGAACCUUGUUAUGGUGAUAAAGAUAAAAGACGACACUGUUUUGCUACAUGGAAGAAUAUUUCUGGAUCAAUUGAAAUUGUGAAGCAAGGUUGCUGGCUAGAUGAUAUCAAUUGUUAUGACAGGAAUGAUUGCAUAGAGAAGAAAGACAGCCCUGAAGUGUUUUUCUGUUGUUGUGAAGGCAACAUGUGUAAUGAACGCUUUUUCUAUUUUCCAGAAAUGGAGGUCACCCAACCAACUUCCAAUCCUGUUACACCUAAGCCACCUCUAUUCAAUACUUUGCUUUAUUCAUUGGUGCCUAUAAUGGGAAUUGCAGUGAUUGUGCUCUUUUCAUUUUGGAUGUACAGACAUCACAAGCUAGCGUAUCCUCCAGUGCUCGUUCCAACCCAACACGCCUUUCAUAUAAUGAUUGAGGAUCCUGGACCACCACCACCUUCACCGUUGAUGGGUUUGAAGCCAUUGCAGUUACUAGAGAUCAAAGCUAGGGGAAGAUUUGGAUGUGUAUGGAAAGCUCAACUACUAAAUGAGUAUGUUGCAGUCAAAAUAUUCCCUAUUCAGGACAAACAGUCAUGGCAGAACGAAUAUGAAAUUUACAGUUUACCUGGAAUGAAGCAUGACAAUAUUUUGCAGUUCAUUGGUGCAGAGAAACGAGGCACGAGCAUUGAUGUUGAUCUCUGGUUAAUUACAGCAUUUCAUGAAAAGGGUUCAUUAACAGACUUUCUCAAGGCUAACGUGGUCUCCUGGAAUGAGCUAUGUCACAUUGCUCAAACUAUGGCUAGAGGCUUGGCUUAUCUUCACGAGGAUAUACCAGGACUGAAAGAUGGACAUAAACCUGCCAUCUCGCAUAGGGACAUCAAAAGCAAGAAUGUGCUGCUGAAAAAUAACCUUACAGCUUGUAUUGCUGAUUUCGGUCUAGCUUUAAAGUUUGAGGCUGGAAAGUCUGCAGGGGAUACACAUGGACAGGUUGGUACACGAAGGUAUAUGGCUCCUGAGGUACUAGAAGGUGCUAUAAACUUCCAAAGGGAUGCAUUUCUGAGAAUAGAUAUGUAUGCCAUGGGACUAGUCCUCUGGGAAUUGGCAUCACGCUGUACUGCCGCAGAUGGCCCAGUAGAUGAGUACAUGUUGCCAUUUGAAGAAGAAAUUGGCCAGCAUCCCUCCCUUGAAGACAUGCAGGAAGUUGUAGUUCAUAAAAAGAAGAGACCUGUUUUGAGAGAGUGUUGGCAAAAACACUCGGGCAUGGCGAUGCUUUGUGAAACAAUAGAGGAGUGCUGGGAUCACGACGCGGAAGCCAGGUUGUCAGCAGGUUGUGUAGAAGAACGGAUUAUUCAGAUGCAAAAAUUAACUAACAUUAUAACAACAGAGGACAUUGUGACUGUGGUCACAAUGGUGACAAACGUUGACUUUCCUCCCAAAGAAUCCAGUCUAUGAUAGUUGCACUGGUCACGUAACUGACCGCCAGGACUCUUCACUGGAGCUGCUAAAGCGAAUGGGACUGCCCACGCCGUUACCGUUUUCUGCCUGAGAAGAAUGGUAAGUCUCUCUGGAGCGUCAAGAGGUGGUUUUCCUUUAUUUUCCCCUCCCGAACGUGGAUCCAUGAGACUUUGUGCAUUCCCUGCUUACACCCGAAGGACGCGUGACUGCGAAACGAUAACAUGCUGUUAAGGAACUUAAAUGAAGAAUAUGGACCUGUACUGGCUAAUCAAGCGUUUUAAAAACUGACAUCAGAUUUCUUAAUACCUGUCAGAAGACACUAAUUCCUUAAAUGAACUACUGUUAUUUUUUUUAAAUCAAACAUUUCAUUUCAGAUUUAAAAAAAAAAAGGGUAACUUGUUUUUAUUGCAUUUGCUGUUGUUUAUAAAAAUGACUAUUGUAAUGCCAAUAUGACACAGCUUGUGAAUGUUUAGUGUGCUGCUGUUCAGUGUACAUAAACAAAAGUAAUCAAGUGGGAUAUAGCAAAGAGGCUUCCAAGUAUUACUUAACCUCCCUCAACAAGGUAUACCUCAGUUCCACCUCUGCUAAAUUAUGAGAUUGACAACACUAACAAAAUUUGAAUAAUAAAUUGAUCCAUGUUUUGUAAAUGAUGUAUUUCAAAUUCACUGUGUUAUUUAAAAAAGGGUAAGCUAUGCUUCAUGCCAACAGUAAAUGGCCAUUCCUAAAGCAGUGUUUUUAGCUUUUUCUUGUACUAGCUUGUUGUGUAUAAAAAAAAAACCAGUGCUGUUUAUUGAAACAAAAUUUUCCUUCCUCUCUUAGUUUAAAGCUUUUCUCUUACCUCCAUUUCCCAGAAUAUCUCAUACAUUUAUUUAACUGAAUACUAUUUAGGUUUGCUGUGUCUGAGGAAUAUUUGAAAACUUAAGCAUGACUUUUUUUAAUUUUCUGUGAGCUAGGACACUGGAAAGCUCUGAAUUCUUGUUCUUUUUUAAAAAAAGUCUUUUUCCUAUUUAUGUUUGUGACAAGGUCUGCCUAGCGCGUGUUCUGUUUCACUAAACAGUAUGCAGUGGGUUCUGUAUCCCUGUUUCAGGGUCACCUCAGGAAGCUCAGUUACCCCCAGUUCCUUUCUCUCUGCUUUGAUUUGCAACUUCGCUCUACGUAAAGCUCGGUGCCAUUUCAGUGGAGAGCUGUUAACGUCCGUGAUGCGUAGGGUUAGCCUAGAACCGUACGAAAAAUUCGAGCCACAGGUUUCAGAUUAUGAAUGCUUACAAAUUUCAGGGAUCAUUUAGUUACGCUUACAACUUAAAAUAUGCAACGACUAUGUAGAGGUAACGAAUACCAAUGGCCGUAGCACAGACUCCCAGAAAAAGAGGAAAAACAUCGAAAUUGCUUUCACAACUCCACCGUUCUUUUCAAGUUUAGGAAGUCACGCCUUAUAUUCAAAGGAGGAAGUGACUGGUAGCUAGGUGCCAAAGUGCUUCUCAGAAGUACUGCUUCACUCCCCUUACGUGAUCCUUUACACCACCUUCCCCCUAAAACAAACGUUCUGAACCUCCGGAGUACAGAACCGAGCACAGCGAGUAGUGUGCUCUGUCAUUCAGCCUUGUUUCCUUUGUUUUCACACCGUGUGGUCACUGUCUUUUGAAAGGAGCUUUUGAUGUUGCAAUUAGGAGCUCGCUGUGAGUGUUAUCUUGAAAACUGAUCUGUACAGCCACAAGCUACUCUGUUUUAUGUGGACAUGAACUUAAUUUCUGGGAACAACGAGACGUUAUGGAUAGACAAGGCCCAAAAGGGUCUAAAAUACCACCCAGCUCUAUCACAUCCUUGGGAGGGUUGGGCGCAGCCCGGAGGUGGUCAGUUUGGCUAUAAAAAGCAAGAAAUCUAGUUUGAGGCUGCUUCUGCCAUUGCCACUUUAAUUUUGCUUCCAUUUUUUAAUCCAGCGGAGGUUAUUUUAUGCACACAGCAGGAUCUGAACAUAGCUGCUGAGUUCUGAACAAAUAAGAAUCCAUUUGUGACAGACCUCUGUGCUCCCAAUGAGUUCUUACCCCUUUCCUAGCAAAAAACGAGUAAAUACAGUCAGUUUAAUAAUGUGUUAUUCAAGAUCUGAUGCAAAAAUUGGUCAUGUAUAAAACAUGCAUCAUCUGUGUUACCCUUUAACCUCCAGCUGCUGGGGACUGGUGUCGCAAACAGCGCAGGGUGCUCGCGAAGCCUCGCAUCAGGAAAAGGGCGAUAACUUCUCUUGGUGUUUUAAACCCAAGUUUCCUGAUUUUUAACAGCGUAAUGUAGUGUCGCUGUGAAAAGGAUGGUUGUAGUAUAAAUGCUUUUUAAGUGGCAGCAUUGCUGUCCUCAGAGCUGCUCGGUGACACCUGUCCUUGCAGGGAUUCCCGUGUGUUUUUUGCUUUGUUGAGAGCAUUAAAUGCGCAAGCUGAGACCUGCCUGAGCCAGCAGCGCUUCGCAGGUGUACGUGAGGGCAGGAUUCCCUGAGGCUGCUGCUGGUGGACAUGUCUUGCCUGGAUUUACUUGCAGGUGGUGACCAUUGUCCCUUCAUGUCCUGCAGCGAUGGGCACCUCACCCUGUCCUGGUUUAAGCCCCUUUUCUGUUGUGGUGGAGGGUGGGAGGGUGUCACUACACGUACUGUAGUGGCUGUUGGAGCAGUUGAAGUAGCGCUGUCACUCGUGGUGGUCUGAAACUGCCAUCCACUGCUUCCACCCUUCCCUGGGAGGUUUGAAAAGGUCGGUGUGGUUGUCAAAUACUAACUCUCGGUGUGCAAACUAAACUGUAACUAGACAGUAAUAAGGAAUUUCCUGGUCAUAUUAGCAUUUGACAGAAUAAAUAGGGUUACCAGUUUGCUCUUUUUCCAGCUUCUCUUUUUUUAACCUUUUUUAAUACAUUUAUUAGGAACACUUGGUACAAAACGCAGAAAGCUGCAAUAUAUGUUCACGGGCAAAAUGAUUCAAGUAGCAUCCUUGAUGGAACAUCAUUUACCUCAGAUACUCAACCAGCAGUACUUUUUUUUUUUCCUUGCUUUUAUUUUUUUAAUGCUGUUUCAGUCCAUAUACUAUUCGUUACCUCUCAAGAUUUUGGUAAGCAAUUAUUUUACCUUUACUCUUUGUAUUUGUCAGUGUUUUGGGCACAGGUUGUUGUACUACUGUCAAAAAAGUACUUGCUGUUUUUCUGCAAGUGCUGAAAACAAACCAAUCCCCCCUCGCCCUCAAUAAAGUGAUUGUUAAAUAUUGUACAAAUAAAAAUGUAUACUCUUUCUCCCCUAUGCCCCCCAAAAAGUUAAAAUAAAAAAUGUGACUACUA